AUGCGCCUUGUGUGUUUCGAAUGUGGGUCGCUGACGAAGUGUCGUGUGUUGGCAGGCAUCUCCAUGCACAAGGGCUACGCCUUCGUGCAGUUCACCAACCCGUUCGACGCACGCAGCGCCUGCCUGGGAGAAGAUGGCCGCACAGUGCUGGGUCAAGUCCUUGACAGUCGGGAACGAUAA